AUGGAUUCAAACAACACCCAUGACUAUGUUGAGAUUAGCGUUUAUUCUGUAAUUACGUGCUUUGUUCUUGCAGUAAGCUGCGUUAUCAUUUGUGAGAGUGUACUAGUAAUUGUGAUAAUAUGUCGCACAACAAACUUGCAUACCAACACGGACAUAAUAGUUGCAUCAUUAUGUGCUAAUGACAUAUUGUUGUGUAUGGCUUAUAUUGUUCAUGCUCUGAUGAGUACUGUUGUUUUUCGCACGGAUCAGCUAAUUAAUAAAUCCGUUACUAGCCUGGUGUUGGGAAUCGCUUUCGGAACUACUUUUACCUCAUUUAUGCACAUGGGCUUUGUCUCCGUGGACCGCUUUAUCUUCAUCUCCCAUCCGUUUUACUAUAUAAAGAACAUGACCAGGGAACGUAACUUUAAAGUUCUUCUAGCUCUUUGGAUAACCGGACUUGUAUAUAUGAUUAUACCCGUGUUUGUCUAUACAGAUUCAAAGUACCACCAACAACUUAUAUUAACAAAUCCGCCUUUUGAAUACACAUGUGUAGUUUAUAUUACGUUUAUAAUCAAUACAUUUAUAGCAUCCACAUGUUACUUUAAGAUUGCCAGAGUGGCCUUCCACCACAAUAAAGCGUCUAACGUUCGAAGACUACACAGUACAAAUGGCAACGGUGAGAUUGCCUUGUCACUGAAUCGACAGGCAGCAAUGAAAAGUGUCAAAUUUUUUGCUGUCACUUUUGGGCUUCAUUUAGCCCUCUCUUCGCCUAUGUUGAUUGUGUCAGCAAUCAACUUUGUCAUCGAAGUGCCCAAUUAUGUGUUUGUGUUGAAGUCCUUUGUGUAUCUUGUGAACUCAUUAAUGAAUUGUUUAAUAUACGCGUUUAUGAGAAAGGCGUUUUUAAAAACUUUGAGAUCGACAAUUGCAGAUGGGUUAAAGUGUUGUUUCAGGAGAACACAUUGA